GCGCAUUCUUUUUUGAGAUAUGGCAGGCUUGAUAAAUCAGUGCAGCCACAACAAAAUGCAUUGUCAUCGAGUUUAUCUUUGCGUAUAGUGUCGUGCUGUUGCCCGUUGAAUCCAGAUACGCUAGACCAGUGGCUUUAUUGUAAUUUAUCGUAAAUCCAAGUGGUAAAAACGUGAUAAUAAGCAUGUCGAGUGGUGCCCUAUUCGGUAGCAACGCGACACGCGGCGCGAGCAAAAAUCUGGUAGAAUUUAAAGCCGGCAAAAUGACCGUUAAGGGCAAAAUGGUUUAUCCAGACCCUCGCAAGGGUCUUCUCUACGUCUUUCAGUCAGACGAUUCCCUGAUGCAUUUUUGCUGGAAGGACAGAACCUCCGGAGUCGUCGAGGACGACUUGAUCAUCUUUCCAGAUGACUGCGAGUUCAAACAUGUACCCCAGUGCAAGACAGGCAGAGUGUAUCAUCUUCGCUUCAAAUCGUCCAGCAGGAAAUUCCUUUUCUGGCUCCAGGAUCUUAAAACGGACAAGGACGAAGAAUAUUCAAGAAAGAUCAACGAGGUACUGAACAAUCCUCCAACGCCGCCGACACCACGUAUCGGAGGAGGAACUCCGGAUGGAGAUCUUCAAAACCUGUUGAACAACAUGUCUCAGCAGCAGUUGAUGCAACUUUUCGGAGGUGUCGGGCAAAUUGGGGGACUGAGCAGCCUUCUUGGUACGAUGACCAGGCCAUCGACCGGUCAGAGUAGCACCAGAGCUUCAACGAAUUCGUCUUCCACUCCCAUGACGACAAGCGCGACGCGACCUCCAGCUGCUCAAACACCUGCACCUGCUGCAAUCACAGAAACUCCGAGACCGUCGAGCAAUAGCAGGUCUUCGACAAGAACGGCACCUGCAUCCACACCUGCGGUAGGAUCGACUCCAAAUAAUCCAAUCCAGCUCAGUGAUCUGCAGAGUUUUCUCUCCGGAAUACCUACACCAGCAGGAACCGAGCCUCCAGUAGUUCAGAGGGGCGUAGCGAGCGAGCUGACGAGUUCCAUCCCUGGUGCGAUAGCUCCGACGGAUAAAUUGGAGAGUGAGAUGAGCGCUCACUUGCCGGUUGGGGACAGCUUGUGCACGACGCUAUCUUCCCCUCAGUUCUCCCAGGCGCUAUCAAUGUUCUGGUCUGCUUUGCAGUCAGGUCAGGCCGGCCCUGUCGUCCGUCAGUUUGGCCUGGGCAACGAGGCUGUCGCAGCUGCAGCAACCGGAAACUUGGAAGAGUUUGUCACUGCCCUCGAAACUGAAGCAAAAACCACAGGCCAAACCCAACAGCAGCAGAAGCAGGACGACAAGAGCAAAAAACAGCCACCGCAAGGCGGCGGAGGCAAUUCCUCGGGCAAGAAGGACGACGACGACGACGACGAAGGAAUGGCGCUAGAUUAAAAUUUUCUUCUCGUCGAUAAAUUUAACUUCAUCCUCUUUUCUCUCGUUUUUACAUCGCCAUCGCCAAACGGAAUUAUACAUCAUCGUGUACUUGUUGUUAUUAUGGUGAUCGAAUCAUUAAUUGAUUAAUAAAAUACCCGGCGAGGAUAUCGAAAUUCAUUUAUACGAGAAAAAACUUGUUCAAAUAAUUCUUUGUUGUUGUUGUUGUUGUUGGUUUUUUUUUUUUUUUUGUUUUGGCGUCUUUCCAAUUUUCCUCGCUAUUCAAUGCGUCAGCUAAGUGAAAAGUCUGUUUUUCUCUUAUUUAACUUCUCAGACUUAAUUCUUAUCAUUUAUAGAUUCAUCGAAGUCGAAUGUCUCUGAAUUGUCCCAAUGUGCAACUCAAAUUCAAUAAAAUUCAGCUUUCAAUUUUUGGAAACAACGAUUCUCAAUACAUUUUUUUACGGCUCGUAUCAGCAUCAAUUCAAAUAACGGUGCUCGAUUGUAAUUAUUAAUUAUUUUCUGUCAUAUGACUUGCAUGAAAAUGCAAAAAUUAACUAGAAUAUUUCCUUUUUCAGCCAUGUCGACAAAUUGGAUAAAUUUCAUUAUUUUCUCGUUUUAUUUCCAUUACUCGUUUGUAUCGCAUCGAUUGAGUAAUUUUUAUUUUGCUGUCUUUUCUAGUAAGUGUAACUAUUUUCAAGUAUUUCCGUGAUCAUCCCAUUUAGCUUACAAACUUACCUUUUGCAUACGGUAUAAUCUAUUCAAUACUGUAUACAUGUAAUAAUAUAAUACUUACAACUCGGCAAAAUUCCUCGCCGAUAAUAUAAGGAAUGAAAAAAAAUAAAUGAUGAAAUAAUUAUUGUAUAAAUUU